AUGUGUUGCCAUGGUGAUGCUUUGGUACAAAGAGUCUGUGAAUUGUAUGAGCAAAUCUCAAGCCUUGAGAGCCUCAAACCCUCCAAAGAUGUCAACAUGCUCUUCACCCAACUCGUGCUCACAUGCAUGCCACCAAGUCCAAUUGAUGUUUCCAAGUUAUGCCAAGGGGUGCAAGAAAUAAGGUCAAAGCUUAUAAGGCUUUGUGGAGAGGCAGAAGGACUUUUGGAGAAUCAUUUCUCAACCAUCUUAGGCUCAUAUGAACACCCUCUUGACCAUCUCACCAUUUUCCCUUAUUACUCUAAUUACCUCAAGCUUAGCAAACUUGAGUUCACCAUCCUUAGCCAACACUUCCCUCAUGUUCCUAGCAAAAUUGCCUUUGUGGGUUCAGGCCCUCUUCCUCUGACCUCAAUUGUUUUGGCCUCCAAUCACCUCACCACAACCUCUUUCCACAACUAUGACAUUGACCCUUCAGCCAAUUCCAAGGCUCUUGGCCUGGUCUCGUCCGAUCCUGACCUAUCAAAAAGAAUGGUUUUCCACACCACAGAUAUAAUGGAUGUCACAAAUGCUUUAAAAGACUAUGACGUUGUGUUUUUGGCAGCUCUUGUGGGCAUGGACAAGAUGGAGAAGCUGAAAAUUAUCGAUCACUUGGCUAAGUACAUGGCUCCAGGAGCAACUUUGAUGCUAAGGAGUGCACAUGGUGCCAGGGCCUUUCUGUAUCCAGUGAUUGACCCUUGUGAUGAUCUUAGAGGGUUUGAGGUUCUUUCUGUGUUUCAUCCCACUGAUGAAGUCAUUAACUCAGUAGUGAUUGCGCGUAAAUACGCAUUGCCUGCACAGCACUCAUCACCAAUUGAUCCUCAGGGGCUUAAUGCUGCUCCUAUUAUACUGCCCAACAAGUGUUCUGGGAUUGAAGCCUUCAAUCCCCUCCUCAAUCAUGGGAGCAUGAUGAUUGAGGAAUUGGCCUUUGAAGAGCAGCUUUCAUAA